GCGGGGAGAGUAGGGUGCUGUGGUUUGAGCUUGAGGGUGAAGCUGGCGGAGCAGGAGGAUGGGCGAGCAGUCUGAAUGCCAGAAUGGAUAACCGUUUUGCUACAGCAUUUGUAAUUGCUUGUGUGCUUAGCCUCAUUUCUACCAUCUACAUGGCGGCCUCAAUUGGCACAGACUUCUGGUAUGAGUAUCGAAGUCCAGUUCAAGAAAAUUCCAGCGAUUUGAACAAAAGUAUCUGGACUGACUUUGCUAGUGAUGAGGCAGAUGAAAAGACUUAUAAUGAUGCACUUUUCCGAUAUAAUGGCACAGUGGGAUUGUGGAGACGGUGUAUCACUAUACCCCAAAACACAUACUGGUAUAGUCCACCAGAAAGGACAGAGUCAUUUGAUAUGGUCACAAAAUGUAUCAGUUUCACGCUAAAUGAGCAGUUCGUGGAGAAAUUUGUUGAUCCUGGAAACCACAAUAGUGGGAUUGAUCUGCUUCGGACCUAUCUUUGGCGUUGCCAGUUCCUUUUACCUUUUGUUAGUCUAGGUUUGAUGUGCUUUGGGGCUUUGAUUGGACUUUGUGCUUGUAUCUGCCGAAGCUUGUACCCCACCAUUGCCACAGGCAUUCUCCAUCUCCUUGCAGGUCUGUGUACACUGGGCUCAGUGAGCUGUUACGUUGCUGGAAUUGAACUACUCCACCAGAAACUGGAGCUGCCUGAGAAUGUGUCUGGCGAAUUCGGAUGGUCCUUCUGCCUGGCUUGCGUCUCAGCUCCCUUACAGUUCAUGGCUUCUGCUCUCUUCGUCUGGGCCGCUCAUACCAACCGGAAAGAGUACACCUUCAUGAAGGCAUAUCGUGUGGCAUGAGUGGGAAGCUGCCUGCUUUACAAUUGCCAUUUUUAUGAUUUUUUGAUAUUAAUAGUUUCCCUUAUCUGCCCCCCAAUUGUUUUUAAUUUAACUCUUUUUUUAAUGGGUAUACCGUUUUAUCCUGAAAAUCCAUUUUAUUUAUUCACACAGACAGUUGUUCCUUAAUACCACUAAAAUUUAUAUGGAACCUGAGUGAUUCCAUCUUUCAGUCAAACUAAUCUAGGUUCAGAGUCCAGACAGAAACAAAAUGGGUAAACUCUUGGCACAAAUUUGUGAAAGAAAAUUGGUAGUAGGAGGUUGACCCAAAGCAAGUUCUGCUGAGGUCUGUUGGAUAAAGUAUCUGUUUAACUGGAAACUCUAGUUUGUUUGGGAAACAAUCAUUGUCAAAACUUAUGUUCACUUUGCUGUUGUAGAUAGCCAGUCAGCCAGAGGUAUUAGUGCUGUUUUCAGGGACUUAGGCUAUCUAAAAUAAGGAAAUUAUCUAAGAUCUUUUUCUCUAAAUAUUGGCAUAUAACUUCAUCUGAGGUGAAAUAUCUUCAGUUGUUUAUCUGUACUGUGUCUGUUUACAAGAAAGGAAGUGUUUACAUGGAAUUUUAACUUUGUAACUGCAAGAAUUCCAGUUCAGCCAGAGAAGAGGAUUAACCUUAUUUUACUUUUUUUUUUAAAACUCUCCUUAAUACGUCAAUAGGAUUUUCAGUAUCGCCAAACCAUUUUGGAUUUUUGUUCCUUCCCUCCUCACACACCAGACAUUAAAAGAGUGCUUUUUUUUUAACACUACAUUGGGGUCACAGAGUAAAAUUCUCCAACUGCCAUACGUUUAUUUCAGCUAAGUACCAUAAAGAAGGUUACACCAUAAUGACCCUCUGGAGCUAGGAAAACUACCACAAGAUCUAAAGCUUUGGCUGGUCGUUAACUUCCAACUAUGGUCUUUAUUUCUUGUGGUGAAAUGAUGUGCCUUUCCUUGCCUAAUCCCUUCCUGGUGUGUAUCAACAUUAUUUAAUGUCUUCUAAUUCAGUCAUUUUUUUAUAAAUAUGUCUAUAAACAUUGAACUUUAAAAAAUCUUAUUUAUUUAUUCCAUUACUGUAGUACUUGACAGAUUUAAAAAAUAAAUGUAACUUAGUAAUAAUUUCUUACAAAAUCCUAGAUCUGUCUUUUUUAAAAAAUAAAAAAUGAGAAGAGAC